AUGAAUUUUGCUGCUAAUCGCCCCGAUAGACGCGCCGUUUACAACCCUAGCCCUCCGUAUUCCAUCGCCAACUUCCACUCAGAAACAAAGAAGGAAAUGAGGCACUCGUUCGGCGAGGAUAUUUUCUUAGUUCCUAACAACCUUCAUCUAAUUCCGGAUCCUUUGAUGAAGAAUUUGGCUGAUACGAUCAUUACAGAGGAAAAAAUGGCGCCUAAAUCCAAAUUAAAUAGCAAAAUUGAUGUGAAAACAGAAGAAGACAUUCAUAUUGAACCUGAUUACUCCCCUUUAUCAGGCAUUACAAGUUUCUUUGCUGGCGUCAUGAACGUAAUUACCAGCGCGAUGUUUAGUAAGCGGAAACAAGCUGAUUUCGUUGCGCCGCCGGUCCACCAGAUGGCGGCACCGACGAUGUGGCAUCCCGCCAAAGUUUUGGAUGAAAAUAAAAUUGUUCAAGAUGAAAAUCGUUCGGGUGAUAACUCUAGUAAGUUUUCGGCGUCAGAAAUGACGGACUGUAAGAAGGCGGCGGCCCAUUGUCAGAGCAAACUCGACCAGGUACGCCUCCUACUCGGUACCAAGCCUGUACCAUGCAACAGCUGGGCCCGGAGACGACCCAAGCGGGUGUUUGUAGAAGCCAGCUCUGUAGAAGACUGCUUCGAAGAUGCCUUCUCGCCAGAAGACUUUGAAAACAUUGCCAAAAACUCCUACAUUGAAUACUCCAGUCCUGUGUGUUUCCAUGACAACGCUUUCCAUGAGAUUGACGCCCCUAAGGUCAAAACCGAGAUCGGAAUGCCUUCUGAAGCCACUACCAACCCUCCUAAACCAAUUAUCGAGCCUCCACAAAUCUGUGAGACCACAGAAAUUGUUAAAAAUGUACCUGAAAUUAAAACUACCAAUGAUAGUAAGCUAAUGAAUGAAACAAAGCAAGAGUUGGUCGCUUCUUGUGAAGACAAGCUCAGCAAGCUGAAGGCACUGAUGCAGGAGCGGAAAAAUAAGUCAAAAUCACCAAUUCCUAUUCCAGAACCUGAACCUGUGAAGGUCACAGAACAUAUUGACCUUCCAAAGCCUAGAACACCUACUAAAGUAAAGGACAAAAGGUUCAAGAACCCCAACCGCACCUGCAGUAAGAGAACAAAGUCUAAAAUGAGGAAGAGCAUCCUGGACGACUUGCAAUUUGCAAAUGAGAUCUGCAUUGAUGAAAUUGUCACCCCUGAAAACUCCCCAUCGAUUGGUUCCUUCGAUAAGUACAGUACAACACCAGAACCGGAGAAAGAUUACUUUGAUGAAGUCUCUGGACGUUUCAACCCAGGUUCCGUACCAGAAAGCCAGGAUUCCUUCCAAAUUGUAUUCAAUGAUGCUCCUAAGUUGCGUAGAACCUCAGACUGUGAAUCAGAAGACUCUUUUAUCGUGUUUGAGGAUUCACCGGACAGCUGCUACACAUCCAACGAUGUAUUUGGAGAUUCCAGUGACUCGGAGGAGUACGACAGUGAUUCGGAUGACAUGAGUGACUCUGGUUGUGGAAAUUUCUCUUUGGCGGCUUCACAGUUGUCUAAAAGUGUCAAUAAUUUGGCGGAUGACAGCCUGUAUGAUGAGAGUGACGCAGAAGAUGAAGUGGACUGUGCUAAUGUGACAUUGUGUGAUAGAGUGGGUGUUGGUGAGGUAGCGGAGUUAGAGAGUGAGAAAUCCAGCGGUCUCCUGCUGGAUGAUAGAAAGAAGAAGUUACGAAGAGCGUUACCAGCUAAGAAGGUCCACUUCUCAGAACAGCCUCCGAAGGUCCACGUGAUGAGAGUCUGGUCGUUCGCAGCUCGACAGGCCAGGGCUGGUCAUUGGGAGAGAUACGCCUUAGAUCGGGACAGAUUCAAGCGACGGUCCAAAGGGUCCACUGCUGGACUAAGUUCCUGCAGUUCUGCUCUACAUAGGAGGUGUGAGCAUAAUCCCGCUUGGCAGGCCCCACUGUGGACGAGUUCCCUCGUGAAUUGCGUCAGUUACCAUGGAAAGUGCAAUCAUGUUGGUCUGAAUCCCCGUACGGUUGUCAUCGAAAGACGUCGGACCUGA